UAGGAAUCCGAAUUGUUCUUAUUUUCAGACUUUAACAUAGAAGAGUGUAGAAGAAUUGUUAAUAUUUUACCCCUGUAAAAUGGGGGACUUCAAAAAGAAGUCUGUAUCUCUUGAGACAGAGUUUGUUCUAGAACCGGGUAAGGAAGAAGCUGCCUGUGUGGAUCUAGACGGAGAAUGGGCAGAAAACUCUAAGGUUUUUCGGCAUCCUGAUUUUGUAAACCCAAAUAUUGAGUUUGUUGGAGGAGAGGUGGGGGAGGGUGGAGAUCAUAUGAAUAUUACACUUAAGAAUAUCGGAGACACAGAGAUCAAAAUCUCAGGGACUCAAAACGUCGUGCUCGUAAGUGAAGAUCCAAAUGAACCGGACCCGGGUUUGGAGAAACAAAAUAACCCGGAUCUGGGUUUGGAGAAAUCACCUGGUCCCGGUUUAAAUACAGUGGAGCAGUCAAACCCGGAGCCCUCCUCGGAUCAAGAAAGUCUAGUCGAGAAAACUGAUGAAUCUGAUGAAAAAGAGUCGGUUGGUCAAGUGAAAAAUUCGAUUUAUAUAGAUUCAGUUGAUUCUAAUGAUCAAAUUAAAGGAUCAAGUGAACAGAGUAAGGAUUCUGGAGAUCAAAUUAAAGAAUCAAGGGAUCAACAGAAGGAAUCAAAUGAUCAAGUAAAAGACUCGGAGAAAGUUGAGGAUUCAGAAGAAAAUGUAGCCAACAUGGAUGUUUCCUCGACGGUGGAUGAAACGGCAGAUGAAUCCAUGGAUAUUGAUGAACCUGAAGCUGCCUCUAAAAAUCAAACUGGUGAUGAAUGUGAAAAUAUUGACAAAGAUAAAGAUACUUCAGUAAGUGAUCUUAAAACUGCAGAUCCUAAGGAAAAGAGUAAAAGUGUCAAUGGCGAUCCUGUUGAUAAAGAGGAAAAAUCGGAAAAGAAUGAUUCAAACGUAAGUGGAGCAAGCAAAGAAGCUGAAAAUGGGAGCAUACCUGAGAAAGAAGCCGAGACAGUUGACACUCAAAGCGAAGAAAUUGACAUGGAAAGCAAAAAGAAAGAAUCAUCAAAGGAAACCGAAAAGGAGAAAGAAGACGAUAAUGUGGAAGAAAAGAAAGAAAAAUCUUCAGAUAAAAAUGAAGAGAAGAAAAUGAUUGGCGAGAAACCUAUGAUAAUGAUGUUUGUGAACGAGACUGAAGCUGAUGAGGAGAAGGAGUUAGAGGAGGAGAGUGAGAAGGAUGUAGAUGAGAAGAAAAAAGCUCUUAAGGAGGAGAAAGAGGUAGGGGAGGAGGAGAAGAAGGAGAAGGAGUCGGGGGAAGCGCAGAGAAAGGAUGAAUCAAAAACCACUAAAGAAGAUUCAGCAAUGGAAACAGACGAGAAAAUUAAUGGGGAAGCCAAGGAAUCAAAGGAAACUCCUGAUAAAAGUAAAAUAGAGUCGGAAGUAAAUUCUUUGAAGGAGGCUAAAAAAGAGAUACCUACAGAAACCCCCACAGAUAAAGAAGAGGAGAAGAAAGAGGAUAAAAAGAAACCUACCUUGAAAUUGGCCAGUUUUGCUGACAUGGCCAAUAACAGUGUUGAAAAGAAGGUAGAAACGAACCUGGACAUAAAUGAAUCUGUUGAAUAUAUUAAUGAGACUAGGAUAGAUGCUAGUGGAUGCUGUUCUGAUUGUCAUCUAAAGAUUGAGAGCUUGAAGUCUGCUGUAGUGUGGGAAACUAUGCAGUUCUGUAAUAUCACAUGUCUGGCUAAAUAUCAGUCCGGAUUAUCAAGUUGCUCGAGCUGUAAGAAAACUGUCAGUUCAUCAUCUCUUGGAAAAUACUGUGUAAGGUUUGGGUCUGAUAUAAAACAGUUCUGCUCUAAUAUGUGUUUGGAGGAUUAUAAGAAAGGACUCAAAGUCUGCUCGUACUGUCAAAAAGAUAUCUCAGGUGGUGAAGGGUUUCUGGCUCCUAUAGGGAAUAAGGGACAGUUCAAGGAUUUCUGUGAAGCCAACUGUCUCAAAAAGUAUGAGGUGAUGAACAACAUCAAGGAGCAGGAGAAGGAGGUCAUCCCCUGCUCAGUCUGUCAGGAAGUCAAGCUCAUUGAGAGAGAGAUCAUUAGGUACAAACAGAACAUCAGCACACAUUUUAUAAUCAAUACAGGGGUCUAUAUGUUCUUGAAAAUCUCCCCCCCCCCUUUCAAAAGGUCCUUUUUCUUCAGUAUAUUGGAACUAAAGGCUAGAGAUUUGAACUCUUUCUGUGGCGAAUUUUUGGAUAAAUCCUGCAGUAAGAAACCAGAUCUGGAGUACAGAGUCAACAAGCUCGCAGCCUCUGGUGUCCCUACUGAAAAGUCUACUUCUCUAAUUUUUAGGAAACAUUUUGAUCUGUCAAUUGAACCCGUGAGCUGUAUUUACUACGAUGGUAUGAUGAAAACUUACUGCAGUAAAGCCUGUCAGAACGUGUCUGUUAUGAUGAACAGGAAGAUUAUCCCCUGCGCCAACUGUAAGGUUAAAAAGUACAAUUUCGACAUGAUAGAGAUGUUUGAGAGCGGACAUGAUAAGCCUGCGAACCUAUACUGUUCCCUACACUGUAGAGCACUACUCACUGGUACUCAGGGACAAAGAAUACCACAGACAUCAACUUCAGUAAGUAACGGGUACUCACUUACUCCAGUCAUAUCUGCAGUAUCAAGUCUCGCCCCAGUAGGAGGAAUAGGGGGUCCUUCUACCCUUCCCGUUCUUCCAACUGAACCUAUUCCUCAAACUCAGCUCCAACCACAGAUACAGAUUCAGACCCAGACUGUUCGUGAGGUGGUGAAAGAAACUCAAGUUCUUCCUCCUGAGGUUCCUGAAUGGAAGAACAAGGGGAUGCAGACCAAACCUUUUAUGUUAACCAAGGGCGUAAGCUGUAGACAGAGUUCCUAUUCUAAAUCUACUCAAACUGAAACUCCUCCUCAACCAAUCAUUGUUCCAAUUCCUGUUCCCAUUCAUAUUCCUACUCCCUGCAAGAUGUAUAAUGUUCCAUUCCCCGUUCCUGUUCCCAUUCCCUUACCUUUCCCAGUUCCAGUUUUCAUUCCAACAACAAGGAACACAAUGAAAGGAAUUCUCAAGCAAAUUAAGAAAAUUCAAAAUAAGAUACCUGCGGAUCCGUAUGAAGCUGAACUAUUGGCCCUGGCUGGUGAUAUUGCUGCGCAGGACAAGGAUUCCAGUGAUAGUAAUUCAGAUGCUGAAGAUCUUGAAGCUGAUGAUUGCAGUGGUCUGGAGAAGGUUCAGAAUAUGGUUCCACUUCCUGAUCUUGAAAACGAGAUGGCUCCUGAGAGAAUAGUCCCAAAACCUUUACCCAGCUCCACACCUGAACCCCCGGGGGCCAGACAGUUCCCUGCAUAUAAUCAGUAUCCGACACAUAACAAGAGAAGAGCCAGCCAAAGAGAUUCUGAUGCCGAUGAUCAAGAGUCCGAGGAAGAUUGGAAACCACAAUCUAUCUGGGACCAGAGACCACCAACCAGACAGCGACAGCCACAAAGACGACAGCGGGGAAGAAAUACACAGCAAAAUAAACGAGCGAGGGUAGAUACAGUAAGAGAGCAGCAGGCAGCAGCCGUGAUAGCGCAGCAGCCUAAAGAGCGUCCUGAUGUCAACCACCAUCUCAAGUUUACCUACGGGGUGAAUGCGUGGAAGCACUGGGUAGUUGGUAAAAACGCCGAGUUAGAGAAACAACGUGCACAGGGGAAGUAUCAGAAAUCAUUUGAGACAGAUAUCCUGAAAUUGAGAGCUGAUGAAUUAAAUUUUACGCUGUGUAUGUUCGUAAAAGAGGUCAAGAAACCCAAUGGAGAUUCCUAUGCUGCGGACAGUAUACUCUACUUAGUACUAGGAAUACAGGUUAGGAAAAAACAAAAUGAAAUUCAAUACACCCUUCUUACUGGGCUUGGGCAACGCCGGGCACUUGUAAUCAAUAUUAUUAUUAAUUUAUAUCAGGGACAAAAGAAUGAGGAGAGGAAGAUGUAUGAGCAGCAUGAAAACCAUGAGAACCCUCUCCGUUGUCCGGUCAAACUAUACGAGUUCUACCUUUCUAAGUGUCCUGAAUCUACGAAGAACAGAAAUGAUAUGUUUUAUCUUCAACCUGAGAGGAACUGUGUACCAGAUAGUCCAGUCUGGUUUUCUAUGGAGAAGAUGUUAUCUCGACUUCUGAUGGUGAGAGAAGUACAAGAACAUAUGCUGGCCGCUGAUCAAUAA